GGGGUAGGUGGGAGCUGCAUAAUUUUUCACCAAACCAAAGAAGGUGUCUUUCUCCCUUCACUUUGCAUCUCUUAUUUCCCCCUGGCAGACAAGGGGACUUUUGAGAAAGGUGGAACAGAGGCAUUUGGUGGUUCCAAGACAUCCUGCCAGAAGUGCAGAGGAAAAAAUGAGUUCAUCAGGGAAAAGAAGAGGAAGACCAAACAGAGGUGGAGGAAGAGGAGGAAAAGGAAGAGGAGGAGGAGGAGGAGGAGGAGGAGGUGGUGGCAGCAGUGGUAGACCUUCUAAAAAACACCAAGCCAGUGGCAGCAAAAAAGGAUCAGACAAAAUUUGGGAUGAUGAAGAUGAUUUCUGUGUGUUCAGUGGAGCAAAAGACAUAGCCAGCUCUGUUAGCAGAGAUUGUGGACAAACCAGUCAUGUACCCAAAACCAAGAUGCCCCUGCAGACUCUGCACAUGACUUCAGAGAAUCAGAAGAGGGUGAAAGAACUUCUUCGUGACCUACAAGGACAAGAGCUGGCUGCUGGUUCAGAGAUGCUUGCAUCAGGCGAAGAUGAUGACGAUGAACCAGAUUACUUGGAUGAUGAGCACUCCUGGUCAGAUGGCCAAGCGGUUUCUAAAACUAGCACAAAUGCUUCUUCUCAACCACCUGUGAACCAUAUUGCAGAGACUGAAGUGUCUUCUUUUGCCGUGCACAAACUGUCCAGGUAUGGCUUUGAUAGUGAGCGCUGCCGAGCUGUGUUGAAAUCUUGCAAUGGCAACAUUGGAGCAUCCCUGGAGCUCUUACUCUUGCAGUGCUUUUCAGAAAAAUUUGGAGAGAGGAUGCAGAUCACAGAAACUGCUGCUCAGGCAAGUACCGAAGAUUGUUUGGAACAAAGGCAAGAAGAGGCUUUUGCCCUCCAUUCAAUCUGUGGAGACAAAUUUGUAGAAAGAAUCCAAAACAGAGUGUGGACUUUUGCAUUAAACUUGGCGUACCUGACAGAGAUGCUCAGCAAGCCAAAAGAAGGGAAUAGCAACACCAGUAAUGCACUAAAUCUAGCUUCUCUGGAAAUCUGUAAACAUUACCUCCGAGGAGACUGCAGGUUUGGAUCAAGAUGCAAGUUCAAGCAUGAAACUCCAAGCAAGCAAAAAACACUUCCGAGCAUUAGAGAAGAUGCUCAUCUUAGACUUAACGCUCCUGUGUAUGAACUUGAAGUAAGAUUUCCUGAGGAUAACAAAUACCCUUAUCAGCCACCACUUGUGGCAUUCUAUACUACAAACGAGAAGUUGCCCUUGGCUUGUCGGUUGCACAUUGCUGAAUUCCUUUAUGAAAAGGCCUUAAUAUCAUCAGAGUCUAAUGAACCAGUUGCUUAUGCGUUUGUAACAUGCUUAGAGGACGAAGCUGAAGUAACGAAAUUGCUUAGUAAGACUUCUCACAGAUACAGUGUUCCUCCUUUGCCUCUGACAACACCUUUGGCAAGAAUGACAGAUGCUGAUAAACAAGAGCUUCCUGAUAGCUCUCAUGUUCCAUAUCAGAUUUCAGAAGCAACAAAGGAAUGGGUGACUGAAGAGGAAGAAGACGAUGUGGAAGAGCUGCAGACAGUUCAUGUAGAGGAAGAGAGUUAUGUGAACCUCAAAAAGAAGCUUUUGAAGAAGUACAACAUGUCAGCAAAGCCGAUUUGCAAAGAAAAUGUUAAAAUUUGCAGACAGUUCAGCAUAAAGAAGUCUUCUAGGCACUACCAGGCCAUGUUGCAAGAACGACAGAAACUUCCUGCAUGGGAAGAGAGAGAAACCAUUCUUGAUGUGCUGAACAAAUGUCAAGUACUGGUUGUGAGCGGUAUGACUGGAUGUGGAAAGACCACUCAGAUUCCUCAGUUUAUCUUGGAUGCCUCCCUAGAAGGUCCUCCCAGUAAGUUAGCCAACAUCAUCUGCACCCAGCCUCGCAGAAUCUCUGCCAUUGCUGUGGCUGAACGUGUGGCCAAGGAGCGAACGGAGAGAGUUGGGGUCACAGUUGGAUACCAAAUUCGGCUAGAAAGCGUCAUGUCCUCAGCUACCCGGUUGUUGUACUGUACUACUGGAGUGCUUCUGAGAAGACUGGAAGGAGACAUGAAUUUGCAGAAAUUCACCCAUGUUAUAAUUGACGAGGUUCAUGAGAGGACAGAAGAAAGUGACUUCUUGCUGCUGGUUUUGAAGGUUAUAAUGUCUCAGAGGCCAGACCUGCGCAUUAUACUGAUGAGUGCUACCUUGAAUGCAGAACUCUUUUCUCAGUACUUUUACUCCUGCCCUGUUGUUAACAUACCAGGUAGGGUGUUCCCUGUCAAUCAGUUUUUUCUGGAAGAUGCUAUUGCUGUGACUCGGUAUGUUUUGGAACAUGGCAGUCCAUAUCAGCGUCGAGGAAAGCAAGAUUCAGGCAAGAAAGCAAGGCACUUGAGGACUGCUGCAGAGGAAGUAGAGGAGGAUCUAAAGCGUGCUGGUCUGGUACAGAAUACAGUGAUCGUCAAGGAUUCAGUCCCAGACCAGCAACUAACAUUCCAGCAGUUACUAAUCCGCUAUAAAGGGGUUAGCAAAUCAGUAUUGAAAACAAUGGAAAACAUGGACUUAGACAAAGUUAAUCUUGAAUUAAUUGAGGCCUUACUGGAGUGGAUUGUCAGUGGCAAACAUUCGUAUCCACCAGGGGCAGUUCUGAUAUUUUUGCCAGGCCUGGAAGAAAUUAAAACCCUGUAUAAGCAGUUACAGUCCAAUGCACUCUUCAAUAACAGGCACAGCAAACGCUGUGUUGUUUAUCCACUCCAUUCCUCGCUUUCAUGUGAGGAACAGCAGUCUGUGUUCCUUAAACCUCCUGUAGGGGUCACCAAGAUCAUCAUAUCUACAAACAUUGCAGAAACCUCCAUUACCAUCGAUGAUGUGGUCUAUGUGAUUGAUUCAGGGAAGAUGAAAGAAAAGAGGUAUGAUCCAAGUAAAGGCAUGGAAAGCUUGGAGAGCACGUUUGUGUCCAAAGGCAACGCCUUGCAAAGAAAAGGCCGAGCAGGCCGAGUAGCCUCUGGGGUUUGUUUUCAUCUUUUCAGUAGUCAUCAUUACAAUCACCACCUUUUAAAGCAGCAGUUACCUGAAAUACAAAGAGUGCCUUUGGAACAGCUCUGUCUCAGAAUUAAGAUUUUGGAAAUGUUCUCCACUCAUAGCCUUCAUUCAGUUUUAUCGCGAUUGAUUGAGCCACCAACAGCCGAAUCUCUAUGUGCAUCAAAGCUGCGGCUGCAGGAUGUAGGAGCCUUAACUUCAGAUGAAAAGCUCACACCCUUGGGGUAUCAUUUGGCUUCCUUGCCUGUUGAUGUCAGGAUUGGGAAGCUAAUGCUUUUUGGCACCAUUUUUCGCUGUCUGGAUCCUGCACUGACAAUAGCAGCAAGUAGGGCCAACAAGUCACCUUUUGUUUCUCCGUGGGACAAAAGAGAGGAGGCAUUCCAGAAAAAGCUGGAAUUUGCAAUAGGAAACAGUGACUAUCUGGCCCUUCUUCAAGCAUAUAAGGGAUGGCGUCUGUCUUCAAAAGAGAGCUUUCAAGCAAGUUACAGAUUUUGUAGAGAAAACUUCUUAUCAGAAAGUGUUCUUCAGGAAAUGGCCAGUUUAAAAAGGCAGUUCACGGAACUGUUAUCUGACAUUGGAUUUGUGAAAGAAGGACUCAGAGCCAGGGAUAUCGAGAGGAGGUGGUCUCAAGGAGGAGAUGGUGUCCUAGAAGCUACAGGAGAAGAGGCAAAUGCAAAUGCAGAGAAUGUCAAGCUGAUAUCAGCCAUGUUAUGUGCUGCUCUGUAUCCCAAUGUAGUUCAGGUGAAAAUGCCAGAAGGGAAGUAUCAGAAAACCAGUACAGGAGCAGUUAAAAUGAAACCAAAAGCUGGCGAGCUGAAGUUUGUUACAAAAAAGGAGGGCUCAGUUCACAUUCAUCCAUCCUCUGUAAACUACCAGACAAGGCACUUUGAUAGCCCCUACUUGGUAUAUCACGAGAUGAUAAAAACCAGCCGGGUGUUCAUUCGAGACUGCAGCAUGGUGUCUGUGUACCCACUGAUCUUGUUUGGAGGAGGCCAUGUCAAUGUGCAGCUCCAGAAGGGCAAGUUUGUCAUUUCCUUGGAUGAUGGGUGGAUUCGCUUUGUGGCAGCCUCGCACCAGGUGGCAGAACUAGUGAAAGAACUUCGCUGUGAGCUUGACCAGCUACUCCAAGAUAAAGUCAAAAACCCCAGCAUGGAUCUGUGUACCUGCCCUCGAGGAUCUCGUAUCAUUAGCAUGAUUGUAAAACUUGUGACCACACAAUAGCAUAGACCACUGAGAAUUUGGUAUAAAGUCUCAUCAACAGAACAAUGGCUACAGAGACCAAAGCAAAGCAGAUGCGUGACAACAUGGCAUCGAAUAUUGUAGAGCUAUGACUGAAAACCGAAAAAAAGGCAGUAAAAAAAACCCACUUCAUGUGGAGCAACCCUAAUAGAUUUAAUGGGAUUCGAGAAAUGUGUUUUUAGAAUCAUGAUAAAAAUUGAUGCAAAAACUUAGAGAAGUUGGCAUAUUUUAAGGGAAACCUAAGCACCUCCUUUUCAGAAGCACCCUCCUGCAAAGUGAAGAGUGAGACACAUCACUUUUUACUCUGAUAAAAACUCUGAGAUGCAGAAAAUGUUCAUUUGUAAUGUGGAUUUCUCAUCACUGUUUUUGACCAAUUAACUUUUUAUGAUAAACUGAUGGUAUAUUGUCUUAGACCUUCUCCUAAGGGCAGGGCAUGAUGUCUGUCUCUUCCUAUAUAAAAUGGAUCCUCCUGUAAGCUCAGUAAACUAAAACCUAUCCUUAUCUCUAUCAGUUCAUCAGUGUAGAUUGCCAAACUUCAAAUGGAAGACGUUUAAACAAACUUUGCAUAGAUGUUUAUCACAAAGUUGGCCUAGACUCUAUAUGAGCUGGAAUAUGUGUGCACACAGGGCUUUAGUUACAGCUUCCUAAUGUCAAUAAUGGUUGUCUUAUUCCUUCACAAAGUGUUAGUUCAGAGAAUAUCCUUGCUCUUUUACGUUUUCUGUAAUAAAUUUAGCUUCCUUGAGGAGACAGUGGCAGCCCUACUUUCGUAAGUGUGAAAUACACCAAGAAUUGUCAAAGUGAGAUCUGAAAGUAAUACUUUCACAUCUUAGGUUAUUGCUUUUCUGGCUCUGAAGGUCACAGAAAUGGUUGUAGAAUGCAAUACAAAGAGGCUAAUUUAGUACAGUCCUGCUGAAAUUAAUAGGAUGCCCCGUGAAUUUCAAUAGUAUUUCAACAGAAAUUCCCAAUAGGGCAUAUUUAAGGAUUUUUAAAAUAGAGCAGACCAGCAUUUGGGAAAAUGUACAAUUGCUAUGGCAAUAUUAAUAAGGCUGCCAGUAACAAAAAUUGAUCUGUAUAAUUAAAUAACUUUGUGUCACCUUGGGUGCCAACUGGUUGGAGACAUGGUGACCAACAAGCUCUAUAAAUAAUGAUUUGUCCAUUAAAUUCUUAAUCCUA